UUCACAUCACUAGUGCUUAUAGAAAUUCGGUUAGGUAUUUGAUGUGAGAUGUCUCGUCGUCUCAUUUAUUCUUUACCUACUGAAUAGGUACCUGCUCAAAACUCUUUGGUCCGUCACUCUCUGUGGUUUUUAUUUAACUUGUUUAUGUGCAGCUGCGAAGUUUAACAAUAAAAAAGAACUUAUGAGUUUUCUUGAAAUUUCCUCUGUAAUUACUAUUGAUUAGUGUAAAAGUAAAGCAAACGUAAACUAUGUGUACAAUUGUUUCGUACGAUAAUUUAAUUUGUGUAUUCUAUAGCAUGUAUGGCUAAUGGCACUCGAGGAAUGUCGGAAUAAGCCCUCGAUUUGGUAUUCAGUUUGUGUUCAUGUGUACCUACAUAGAACUACGACUUCAAGUGUUCGGUUAGCAGUGUGUUAAUAUUGUUCUCAGUUUGUACAAAUUGCGUACGCAUCCAAUUGAUGUUUUUACGGUGUGUUGUAAAAGAAAGUGUUGUGAAUAAUGUUUUCUAAAAAAAAGAAAAAGCCAUUAAUUUCGCCGCCCAGUAACUUCGAACACAGAGUACAUACAGGUUUCGAUAAACGAGAGGGAAAGUUUGUUGGACUUCCUUUGCAAUGGGCAUCUCUUGUUGGCAAUAACCAGAUAUUAAAGUCAACAAACAGACCACUACCUCUGGUCGACCCCUCAGAAAUCACACCCACCGAAAUUCUAGACUUGAAAACGAUUGUAAGAGGGGAACAUCGUACCACAUCCGUUUCUUCAAUAGCACGUCCAAUAUCUUCAAGUGUGCCUCAGCAACAACAACCAGUGCAAAAUGGGGUUGUGUUACCAAAAACAUCAAAUGUUGCUAGAUCUAAUUCUUUAAGAAGUACAAGCCCACCCAGGAUAAGGAGAGAUUUCCGUAACCAGCCAAAUGUCCCACCAGCUGUGCCAGAGGAGUCACCACCAGUGCCCCCAGCUCCACAGCAAUAUCCUAGUUUGAGGAGAGAGCAGAGUAAUUUUGCUUUGAACAAGCCUAUUCCAGAGUCCCCAGUGGACUGGUCGCAACAAAGUCAUGAAGCAACAGUGAGACCCAUUGGAGAAAUCAAUGAUAACCAUCAUGCUACAAUGAGUUUCCAGAAUAUUCAAAAUGCUAAUGUACCAUAUCAACACAAUCAUCCCCCACCUGCAGUCACUCAUACAGUGCCCCAUGGACUGAAUGGAAACAAUAUGAAUAUUGGUGAUGGGUAUCCCGUUAGACACCAGCAUCCUACGCCUGCGGCCGCGGCACCGCACCUGCCUCUUGCCGCAUCCAAGCAUGAACUGCGAUUGACGCACGAACAGUUCCGGGCGGCGCUGCGGCUGGUGGUGAGCGAAGGGGACCCUCGGGCGACGCUGAGCGGGUUCACGAAGAUCGGCGAGGGCAGCACCGGCGUGGUGUGCGCCGCCACCGACACGCGCACGCGCCGCCGCCUCGCCGUUAAGAUGAUGAACCUGCGCAAGCAGCAGCGCCGCGAGCUGCUCUUCAACGAAGUGGUGAUCAUGCGCGAUUACCCACAUCCGAACAUCGUGGAAAUGCACGCGUCGUAUCUAGUGGGUGACGAGCUGUGGGUAGUGAUGGAGUACAUGGCCGGGGGAGCGCUGACCGAUAUCGUCACUCGAGCCCGGAUGGAUGCUGAACAAAUUGCUACAGUUUGCAAACAGUGUUUGAAGGCGCUGGCAUUCCUGCACAGUCAAGGUGUUAUUCACAGAGAUAUCAAAUCAGAUUCCAUUCUGAUGACGGCGGAUGGUCGCGUCAAAUUAUCCGACUUCGGUUUCUGUGCUCAAGUUUCACAGGAACUGCCGAAGCGAAAGUCCCUUGUCGGAACACCAUACUGGAUGUCGCCCGAGGUGAUAUCGAGACUGCCAUACGGGCCUGAGGUGGACGUGUGGUCACUCGGUAUUAUGAUCGUCGAGAUGGUCGACGGAGAACCGCCCUUCUUCAACGAGCCGCCGUUGCAGGCGAUGCGUCGCAUCCGCGACAUGCCGCCGCCGCGGCCGCGCGGGGCGGCGCGCUGCCCGGCGGACCUGUCCGCGUUCAUCGAGUGUGCGCUGGUGCGCGACCCGGCGGCGCGGCACUCGGCGCAGCGCCUGCUGCAGCACGCCUUCCUGCGCCGCGCCGGGCCGCCCGCGCUGCUCGUGCCGCUCAUGCCGCCGCAGCCGCAGCCACAGCCGCAGCCGCACCACCCACUGCAGCCGCAUCCACCGCACCCACAACCGCGUUAAACACUAUCACAUACCUAGUGACGGCAGAUCUAUGAAAAGCCUUCUUACCCGAUUGUCAAAGAGGGUAAUGUUUUCUUUUUAUAUCCCUUGCAAGCUCGAGGCCCGGACGUUUGCCCAGUAUACCAACUACUAAGGCCGCCAUUGCCCUUACAUAUCUAUCAUAUGCGAGUGACAAACACGGACACGCGAAGACACCACGAAAUUAUCGAAUACCAGUAUAUACUAGGUUUUACAUAAUUUUCCGUUUUCGUGAGCAACCUCAUUAUUCCCGUUAAAAAUUAUUACACCCGCAAGUGACGAAUAUUCUUAAAUUAUUUGUUCCCGUAGGUUCUUGUUGCCUACUUAUGAUAAAGACUGAGUAAGGCAAAUAUUUUAUAAAAUUAGACGCGCUUACUCAAGACAGUUGUAAUUUGCCUCACUUAUAAUUAGUGUUUAACAUUUCGACAUGUUAUAAUUAAUUGUCGUUGUCUCGAGAUACAUCAUGUCGAGCUGGGCCAUGAUUAAUACCAAAUGUUAUUUUGGCAGUUUAUAACAAGUCCGUAACGCCCCUCAUCGCGAUUAUGACAAUUGAAAUUGGCAUACAGAAUACAAUUCCACUCCAAUUUCAUGAAGAUUACGUAAAAUGGCUCUUGUACGAACUUACACUGUCACAGGAAAUAAAGCUCACGGUGCGGCAGACUUUUCCUUAUGCCCAGCAACCUCUUAUGGGAAACGAUCAUACGCAAUUCCUGAGAAGGCUGAGCAUUUUCAGUGAGCGAAAUUACUCCCCUAAUUAGGACGCGGCUUAAUAAUAUGCACUAAGCAAAACAUUUUAAUAGACUGACACUUUUGUAAUUCCAAUUUGAAAUGUGAUUUCGCCAUGAAAUAUUCAAAUGUUUAACUAAUAAUUUAUAACACUCGCUAUAAGAAUUUCAUGAGUAUCGCACUCAUAGCCAGAUCGCUUAUUGUUGAAAAGUAAUGAAUAAUUCUUAUUUUUUUAUCUAAUACCUAAGCGAUGAAUAUCAGUAUGCUACUUGAUAUUAAAAAUAUUUUUUUGAUUAAUAAAACCUUGUGACGAAACUUUUUGCGAUAAAAUGAUGAAUGCUUGAAAUGCCCAGGCGCGUAUGAUCAGCUUGAUAUUACGUGGUAAUGACAAAUAUCAUGACAUACCAAAGUUGUAUCCAAGCAACUUCUUUAUAACUAUAUCUUUUUAUUCAUAGAAAGUAAACUAAUAUUAACAUAACUGUUAACAUAGUCCAGUGAACUGAUAUUUUAGCUUUUUAUACUAUGAAUUGGCUGUAAAUAUUAUCACAGUUUAACAAUCAUGCAGUGGAUUGGAGCAUGGUUUUUUUUAUUUGCGUCGUGUACAAUUCAGUGCAUAUUCAAAUGUAUAUAUAUGAAGAAUGAAAAGUACAAUUAUUUGUAUUGUACCUGCAUUGCAAAAUGUAUUUAAUCAUAAAACAGAAAAAACGCCUUUUUUAUGAAUCUUACCACUAGGUAGGUGAUGUGGCAAUUGCUGGUUACAAUAGGAUUUUAAUAUCAAUUUUUAAGAAACAUAACAAACAGAAUUAGGAUUAAUUUUGUUUUCUUCACGGAAUUUAUCUUAAGGUAAUCAGCACACGAUAGUUUCGGCUAGUAUGUUUUAACACGCUCACGUGAAUUAUCUCUUGAUCCCACCUACUAACCCCUGUUUUUAAUAAACGUUCCCAGUCCGUCACAAUGUACCAAUCAGAACAGAGUUUUUUUAACAUUCUUACCAUUGACUUAUUUAUUUGAUAUAAAAUUAAGUUGAGGAUCGUGUAUUGAAAAUGGCCGUAAGUGUGUUGAUAAGACGGGGCUGGCAAUGUUCCACUUCGUGCAUUCGCUCUGCACUACUGCAUUAGUUUCAAAACUGUAUGAUUGAUAACCUGCGAUUUUACAUUGACCAAUAUUACUUGUCUAAGUUGAAUCUAAAAAUUUGUUAAACCGAAAUAAUCGAAGCACUGAUAUUAUUUGCUGUGUUCGCUAUUCGACACGCAGUAUUGAUCACAUUCCUUUAUUUAAUUUUUCCAAAUUAUAUAUCUUUUACGUUUUCUAUUUAUUGUUAAAGGUGUUUCUCUUAUUGCCAUAAAAUUGUUGAAUAUGAACAUUGUUGUAGGAUAAUACAGUAAUUAAACUGUAGAUUACUUCGGAUAAAUUAUGUAGGAUAUUAUCUUCUCUUCCCCGUCCAUUUAGUACAAUGUUAUUUAUAUUAUGAAAUAAUGAAUUAAAAAUUGCAGUAUCACAGUGGCUAUAAAAAUAUGGCUAUGUGUAAAUUGUGUGAUGAACAUACUGAAUAUCGAACUAUCAAUUUAUAUCUACAAUAUCAAUUACAAAUAUCGAAUUAUUUAAAAAAUGUAGUGGUUAAAUUUAUAAUCAACAAUAUUAUUGAACUGUGCCAGAAAUUUAUAAAAAUAAAUUCUUUAUCAGUAUUACAUUUGCCUACGUACUUAUUUACAAAGAAACAUUGUUUAUUGGUAUUUAGAUAUAAGUAAGGUGAUUAGUACUUAUUUCUCUCUUGCACUUAGCAUUCCUAAAAGGCAUUAUUAUCAAAUUGUGCUAAUUUUUGUGGCAUUGUGUUGUACUCCAUAGAUGACACAUUAGCCACGUUUCCGAGUUAGUUGUCUGGUAGCAACUUUACUGUGAUUUCUUCAUUCGAGUAUAUUAAUUAUAAUGUAGCUUACAAAAUACGCUCUUAUGCAGGUACUAAAAUUCAGAUUUAAAAAUUAUUAAUAUUUUUUAAAAGUUUUGUUAGCAGUUAAUUAUAAUAUGUAUUAAAUGUAGGUGUUAUAAUGAUAUUAUGUGGUCACAAAUCUACGAGAAUCUGUUAUUAUCCUUGUAUUUAUUAUUAUAUUUCAAAUAUGUGCAAAUUGUGGUUAUUUAUACAUAAUUUCUAUAUACAGCUGAAGCAGAUCACUCCCCUUAGCAUUUUCUAGGAUAUGGUGUAUAGGUGCUUAUGGCACUAAUUCAAAAGUAUAAUCGAUAACAAAUUGAUUAAUCGAUUUGGACACUGAAAUCGAUGUUGAUUAGGUACCUACUGUAGAUAACUACCUGUGUAAGGGCUUCUUUUACUUAAGCAAAGGCAGCUAGCAUAAAUAAGUUUAUUAAAAAUUCACUAUCUUUACUAGUAUUUUUACUUAAAGUAAGACUUAGGCAGCUAGCAAUGAGAUUAAUAAUUCUUGAAUUUUAGAUUUGUGAGAAAUAUUAGUGCCUUAAAGAUAAAUUGUUAUUGUAGAUUAUUAUUGAGAUACUUUUACACUGUUUCUCUGCCUAUUCUGUAUACGCCAUUAUUUAAGUUCAUUGCACCUGAUAUUAUACUAUUAUGUUGUAAUGUAAGUUUAAACAUCACUCAUCACAACACUCAUUUAUUCCCUAUUGAAACCGAAUAGACCAAUUGUAAUUUAUUUGUUUGCAUCAACAUUAAUUUCGUGUAAGGUAUUAUGCCAAAUAUAUUGUAAUAUUAUGAUAUCACAUUGUUAACAAAUGUUAUGAAAUAUAGAUUUUUGAAAUAA